CUCCUAGUAGUAGUAUAGUAGUAAAAAAUCUGCUUAUUCCACAUAUACUAAAGUUUGCAGAACUUUUUUCAAUCUCUUUGUGAAGGAUACCAGGGGGAAAUUAUGCGAUUAUUCUGUCUCAAUGUAAGAGUGUUCCUAUUUUGGACAGGAGGGCUUAGUUAUUUUCUCCUUUGUUCUGCCUGCAUAAAUGAGAGCUGAAUAACCAACUAAUACAUUAGGGUCCUCCACCAGAUCCCCAACUCUUACCCCAUGCAUCCACCUUUGCAUGUACUUACAUUGAUGUAUUUCUGCUAUUUCUCAAGGGUUCUCAACAGUAGGUUCUCCACAGAUAAGCAACAGGCCGUGUGUGAGGGGAACUUCACUUGCACAGACAACGAGGUGUGCGUGAGGCCCAAUGAGUGUCGUUGCCGCCAUGGGUACUUUGGUGCCAACUGUGAAACCAAGUGCCCCCGCCAGUUCUGGGGCCCAGACUGCAAGGAGAUGUGCCGCUGCCACCCCAAUGGGCAGUGCGAGGACGUGACGGGCCAGUGCACCUGCAACGCCAACCGCUGGGGGCCCAAGUGUGAGAAUGCCUGCUUGUGCAAGCACGGCAAGUGCGACCAGAAGACGGGCAAGUGCACCUGCGAGCCCAACUGGUGGGGCCCCCAGUGCGCCAGCGCCUGCUACUGCAGCCUCAACUCCCAGUGCGAUCAGCUGACUGGUACCUGUAACUGCCAGCCCGGCUGGUGGGGCCGAAGCUGCAACAACCAAUGCGCCUGCAAUAACUCCCCCUGUGAGCAGUUCACGGGGCGAUGCCAGUGUCGUGGGCGCACCUUUGGGCCCCGCUGUGACCGCUACUGCCAGUGUCACAUGGGCAAGUGCAACCAGGUGGACGGGACAUGCACCUGUGAUCCAGGCUACCGGGGAAAGUUCUGUCGUGAGCCAUGCCCAGCUGGCUUCUAUGGGCAAGGCUGCAGGAGGAGGUGCGGACAGUGCAAGGAGCUGCAGCCCUGCACCAUUGUGGAUGGCCGCUGCCUGGCGUGCGAGGCAGGCUGGAAUGGGACCAAGUGCGACCAGAUCUGCUCCCCAGGCUUCUACGGCGAAGGCUGCGACCAGAUCUGCCCUCCUUGUAAGGAGGGCCAUACUUGCAACCACGUCAACGGCAAGUGUCCUCAUUGCAAUCCUGGCAGGAUUGGAGACAGGUGUGAGACCAAAUGCAGCAACGGGACAUAUGGGGAUAGCUGCUCCUUUUUCUGCGGUGAAUGCUACAAUGGCGAGUGCCAUUUUGAGACCGGACAUUGCCUCUGCUGGCCGGGAUACCGUGGCAUUUCCUGUAACCUGACGUGUCAGACAGGCCAGUAUGGCAUGAAUUGCGCUGAAUCAUGCAACUGCCACGAGGAUUCGUGUGACCCCUUGACCGGAACCUGCCACAUGGAGGCCAACCAGCGGAUGGGGGUCAUUGGCGCCGGAGCCCUCUUGAUUUUGCUGCUCACCCUCCUCCUCUCGCUUCUGUGCUGCUGUUGCGUUUGCCGCAAGAAGGACCAGGCUCGAGACACCAUACAGGACCCGACCCUCAAGAAGUCCCCAAGACGGCUCUGCGGCAGGUUCAGCCGAAUCAGUAUGAAGCUUCCCCGGAUCCCUCUCCGCCGUCAGAAAUUGCCCAAAGUUGUAGUGGCUCACCAUGACCUGGAGAACACCAUGAACUGCAGCUUCAUCGAGCCCCCGUCUGUGGUGGAGCAGCCAUCCCCAUCAUGGUCUUCCCGGGGCUCCUUCUCAUCCUUUGACACCACAGAUGAAGGUCCCGUCUACUGCGUGCCGCAUGAAGAAAGCGUGAAUGACAGCAAAGACCGGGUUUCAGCCCCUUGCGGUGAGAAAACAGCCCCGGCUAUCAGUGAGGACGAAGCUGGGGAGUACACUGUCUUGAAAGAGAGCAGCUCCAUCCAGGCAGACAGCAGCGAGAUGCCCCUGCUCAAGUCCUCUGACAGCGAGCGCUCCUCGUGCGGCUCCGGAUCAGCCAGUGGGGCUCUGUAUGCCCGGAUUGCUCGCCUCUCUAAACAAUCCCGGGAGGAGGAUGAGAAUGCCGUGGACAGUAAGGCUGCUAAGCCCCCAUCACCAGAAAGGGCCAAACCCCCACCACCGGACCCCUCGACUAAGCCCAAAGUCUCCUGGAUCCACAGCAAGUACAACUCUAACCAGUCCAAUUCCCUGCCAGCCAUCGGCCUGACGGAUCUGUCAGAGCACAAACAGGGGCUGGCCAAGCGGAAGAGGAGCCCCAGUGAGGCCUCAGCCGGGUUGCAUGGCAAAUCGGAUGAUAAGGCGACCACCCGGGGCAAGGAGAAGGCCCCAAAGCACCCAAAGGAGCUCAGCUCUGAGGGAAAGAGCCAGUCGGCCUCCGGGGACCAGCCCCCACUGUCCAAACCAAAGCAGCGACAUAAGAGUAGUCAGGACCAACUGGAGAACCUCAACGGCGCCGUCCAGAACGUCAUCAAGAAGAUGGGGAGUUACCUCCCAGCCGACAGGAAAGCAGGUGAAGCCCCCAAGAGCCCCGGUCAUAGCAAGUCCCGCUCCGAAGUGAUCCACCCACACUUGUCCUCAGAGGCAGCUACCUUGUUGGCCGCCCAGUUAAAGGAAAAGACUCAGAGCCUCAACCGAGGGGACGGUGGGAACCGGCAGAAUGGGGUGAGCCCCUUGCCGGCUCAGCGGGAGAAGCCCACUCCUCCGCAGAAGGCAAAGCGCUCUGUGGCCACUGCCAGCCAGAAGUCCAGCAAGCCGGUCCUGCCAACCUCUCCCAACUUGCAGAAACUGAUCAGCCCCAUUGCCGAGGGAACCCCGACCAGCGACCCCAAGCGGGUGGAGAAGCAGAGCUCCAGCGGUGGUAGCCAAGACCCGGCCCCUGUGGCCAGCGACCAAGUGGUCAAGAGGACCCCCAUCAAAAAGCCGCCCAGGAAGAAGAGCCGGGAGGCAGCCACUGAACAGCCAAAAGCUUCCGUGACCCCCCCUCAGACUGUGCAAUGAAGUUCCCGAAAGCCUUGCAAAGAGGACUGGGGCUGCGGAAAUGGGACCAGACUCUGGAGUGUACCUCCCAUCCAUGGGAGAUUGGACCAAGAGACCCAAUGCACUUCUGAUUUCAUUCCUCUUUCAUUGGGGGGGGGGGGUUGUGGCCCAAGCGCUGGCGCCUGGGAUUCCAAACUGGAGGGAACGGGAUGGGCGAGAGGGGUGUUGGGGCCUUCUUUGUAGCAGUAUUAUAAUUGCAUACGCCGUGCUUCUCUCCCUAGCGACGACAGAGUCGAUAUAAUCUGCAGGAUAGAGUCACGGGCUUUCUGUCACGUUGUUGGGGCCAGGAACAAGGAGCAGGACCUCCAGGAGUCAAGGAAGCGGGGAAUGUGACCUUGCUUUUGGAGGUCUGCAGCCCCCAGAGCCUAGAGGGGUCACUACCUGAGACCUUACGUUGGGACUCAUCCCCAGCUGGACAUCGUGACAGCAGAACUUUGCCCAUUGCUGGAAAUAGGGGGAUUAUCCUCCCUCAGUCUAGGCAUGGCAGGGGGACCGCUUGGCAUCGAUGGCUUGGCAACCCUGAGCCUCAGGUGCCCCAGCUGCGACGAGGACAGUAUGGUACGCAAGUCUAGCAUCUCCAUGGAAAGCUUCCUCAAUUAAAACAAAAUGUAUUUCUA